AUGGCUCUGCCUCCGACCAAAUCAACCGGGAGCAUGAGACGAAUGAUGCCGCCUGGUACAUCAGCGCCUGGACAAUCAAGAGCACAAGGUGGACCAUCAUUCAGUUUAGCAGCUUCCGCAAAAAUUAUGGCCGAAACGAGCAGGGCUUUAGAGAGAUUAGGACGACAGAGAAUUUUGGAACCUACUUCAUCAAUUCAACAUUUAAAAAUCGAAACUAAAAGAAGAGUAUCAGGCGAAGGGCUUAAUAAGCAGGUUGUUACUAACACCACUUCUGAAUCAAUAGUAGUUGAUCAGGGUGGACAAGCAACAAUGACAGAUAUGGAAAGAGUGAGGAGACAAGCGCAACGACAACCUAGUACAUCAAGGUGUCCGCAGAGUAGCAGCGGAACAGGCGCAAUUAGGCGAACGUCGCGGCCGACGACAGCGCCGGCAUCUGUCGGCAGAGGCGCUGCUCCUGCAGCAAGACAAGCGUCCACUCAAGUAUGCAAGAGAGCCUUAGGGCCAAGAAAACAAAAAACAGCUGAAGAAAUGCGAGCUAUAGCUUUGGCCAAGGCUGCUGCACAAAGGGAGCAGGAAAGGGCUAGAAGAGAUGAGGAGAUGUCUGUUGACGAUUUGUUGGGCAUUCGGCGACCUCAGAGAAGACAAACCGAAGAAGUACUAUCCCUGGAUCAAUUUUUGGCCAGACAUGUUUAUGAAUCGGAACCUGUACCGCCGCCGCCUCCUGUACAACCAACUGCAUCAGAUAUUAUAUCUCUCGAGAAUUACUUGGAUGAAAAUAUUUAUGGAACAGCAUCCUCACAAGUUUGUCCUGCUCCUUCAAAGAAAGAAGAUGAAGUUGAAGAAAGUACGUCUGAAAUGUAUAUUAUUGGGGUUCGUCCUCCAGCAGCAGUAAGGUGUCCUAGUCCUAUACCCGAAGAACCUUCGAAUUUGUAUUCAGAUUAUGAGCCUCCUGCAGGAAGGGCUCCUCCUCCUCCCCCAGAAGUUGAGAUUCCUGUGGCAGUAGCUGAGGAUCUUCAACGAAUUCCUACUGAUUACACGACACCGGUUUGUCCCAGGCCGCAGAAGGGUCGUCGUGGCUUACAACCACCCAGAGGCGCCGUUAGGAGGAUUCCUGGGCCUGGACCUGGGCCUGGGCCUUCGGGGCUUCGACUAGUUUCUUCACAACAGUCCCAACUACGACCCCCGCCCUCGGCCCAAGCCUCGGCCCGCAGCAUAGCUCCGCCGCCUGCCCAAGUAUGUCCCUUGGUCCGACGUCAAUCGAAACCCUCGUCGGCCGCCCAGGUCUGCCCUCGGCCCUCCGUACAACGUCAACAGCGUGCCGUACCGCAACCGCAGGUGUGCCCGAGGCCGCCGUCGGCACCACAGGCUGGACCUUCGGGUCUCCCUGGGCCGAGUCGCAUCGGUCGCCCGGGGAUACCGAGACCGGGGAUACCUAGACCAGGAGGUAUACCGAGACCAGGGAUACCGAGGCCGGGAGGUGUACCCAGGACGGGAGGUGUACCCAGAGCGGGUGUACCGAGGGGCGGUAUACCGAAGGCUAAAAGUGCAAUUGCGAGGGCGGCUGUGUCGGCGGCGCAGCAGGUUUGCCAGAUGAUACCGGAGACUAUGGAGGAAGAGGUUCCUGUACGUGAUAUGGUUGCAAUCGAGGCUAUGCAAGACAUCAUAGAAGCGGAUCGGCAGAUCAGGGAAGCUAUUGCAGAAGAAGAAGCAGCUUUCCAGCAAAGCCUGAGGGAAGAGAUUUGCCCAGCAGCUGUUCCUGAAGAAGAAAUGUAUUUUGAUUUUUCGGGAAGACUUGAAGACUUUACGCCUCCUCCAAGAGCAAUUCAAGAAUUUAUGUUGGAUGAACCCAUGACUCCUCCUUCAGGAAUGAUUCUGGAUGAAUAUUUUACUCCUCCAGGAAGACCUCGAGGAUAUCCGUAUCCUCCAAUGACUCCUCCGUCAGGAAGAAUUGACGAAGAAUUUUUCACACCACCAAGAAGACCUCCAGGAUUUACUUGUCCUUAUUCAGGACCUAUUACUCCGCCUUCAAUAAGACUUUCAGGAUAUACUCCCGUAAUUCCUGCAGGAUUUGCGCCUCCUUAUUCUGAUAAUAUGGUUCCAAAACGUACCAUUAGACGACCCGGAGGCAUUCCAAGGCCAGGUGGUAUACCUAGACCAUCAGGAUUACCAGCACCACAGGCUGCAAGAGGACGCUCGAGGCCAGCGGCAGCUUUGACUCCGGAAAAACAGAGGCCGCCUGCAGUUUGUCCGAGACCCACACAGGGGCAGCAGAGGCAGGCAAGGGCUGUUGCUCAACAGCAAGCUGCAGCAGCAGCUGCCCAAGCAGCGGCAGUUUGUCCAAGACCAGUUAGACGCGGGCUGCCUCAACCAACUGCAGGUCCAUCCAGGUUAAGGGCACCAAGUUCUAGGGCACCAGGUGCACGCAGAAGGAUUUUGGCUAGUACACCUGAACAGCAGCACGGACCGGAGAUGCGUCCAGAAAUGUUUGUGACACCAAUGAAGCACGGACCAGAAAAACGGCCAGAAAUGUUUGUGACACCAAUGAAGCACGGACCCGAACCGCGGCCUGAAGAUUACAUGACACCGACACAGGCUGCAGAAAUGCGCGCCCUUGACGAAUUCCAAAAGUCGAUGAAUGAAGCUUUAGAGUUUGAUGCAAUGGAAGGACAGUUGACACCGAUGCAGCAAGCUAUGCUAAAAGAACGUUUUCCUUGUGACGUCAUGGAACCUUUUGCAAAACAUAUUAGUCCUGCAGAGAGACCAUUUAGCCAGAAACCAAUUGAAACAGAAACAAGUCCGCAUCAAGUAUUCGUAGGUGACCUUUCAGAACCAUCUUUAGACGAGGGUGUUUCAGAAGUAUCAGCUCCGGAGUUGAGCGAUGUUUCUAGCGAUGGAUCGAUGGCACCUUGUCCUUUGCGCUCGCCGACUGCGGCUAAACCGCCGGUUCCAGAUAUGACGUUGGCGGACGUUUCGUCUCCGGAAUUGGCGGACGUUUCGUCUCCGGAAUUGGCGGACGUUUCCGACGUUGAAGUUCCGGAUGUUUGUCCCAGGCAGCCUGCUAUGCUCAAUGAACGCGCUACUGCAGCACAAAUGGAAGCGACUUUGGCUGAUAUGUCUGCUCCAAAUUUAAGUGGAGCUUCGAGCUUUGGAGAAGCAGCGGGUCAAGUUUGUCCUGGAAUGGAAGCUACUGUAGCAGACGUUUCGUCGCCAGAUUUGGGAGACAUUUCAGAUAUAUCACCGUUCACACGAAUGACUCAACGAGAACUAGAAGAGGCUAUCGGUAUGGGCGAGGAAGAAGUGUGUCCUGCUGGGUCGCCUGGAAGACCACCAGUGUCUCGUUUUGAUGCUCGUCUACAGGAAUUGGAAGCGGCUUUGUUUGAAGAGGCACCUCGUCCGCCGUCACCUGAAGUGUGUCCUGCUGCCAAGCCAAUGUCUGAUUAUGAUGCUCGUUUACAACAAAUAAGAAUGGCUGCGAUGGAGACACCUCGUCGGCCGUCAUCGUUAUUGAGAGACUAUUCUGUACCUCUAGCCGUUCCAGGAACUCCUAAAGGUCCUCCUCCACGUCGACCAUCUAUGAGUCCCAGAAGGUCUCCAGUAUGUCCCAGAUUGGGCAUGACUUUGGCUGAUAUAUCAGCUCCUGAUGACAGUGGAGCUUCGAGUCUAGAAUAUUCAGUUCCUCGUGUCACAGGAUAUACACCGAGUCCCAGAAGGUCUCCAGUCAGUCCCAGAUUAGGCAUGACUUUGGCUGAUAUAUCAGCUCCUGAUGACAGUGGAGCUUCGAGUCUAGAAUAUUCAGUUCCUCGUGUCACAGGAUAUACACCGAUGACCCCAGAAGCACAAGCACAGGCACAAGCAGAAGCAGAUAUUACUGUGGCUGAUAUGUCGUAUCCAGAAUUGGGCGACAUUUCUAGUAUUGAAAUGGAGCCAGGAUUUGCCAUGGGAAUAGCAGAAGUAUCUUCACCAGAUAUGAGCCCGAUUGCUGAUGGAUCACUGGUUUGUCGAAGGAGCCCACAAAUGGGCAUGACUUUGGCUGAAGUGACGUCACCGGAGUUGAGCGCAAUUUCUGGAGCUAGAACACCGGAUGCUCGUCUACAGGAAUUGGAAGCGGCUUUGUUUGAAGGAGCACCUCGUCGGCCAUCACCUAUACAGGAAGUAUGUCCUGCUGCCCAGCCAAUGUCUGAAUAUGAUGCUCGUUUACAACAAAUAAGGAUGGCUGCGUUGGAGACGACACCUCGUCGGCCGUCACCGAGAGGAAGACGUGUUGCUCCACGACAGUUAGAAGCUGCCUUUGGAGAGCCUGAGAGAGCAAUGGCAGAUAUUUCGGUUCCACGAAUUAGUGGAUAUACACCGGUAUCUCCAAGGAGAGGAAGUCCAAGGGCGAGGUCUCCAGUUUGUCCGGCAUUGGGCAUGACAUUGGCUGAUGUAUCAGCUCCCGAUGCAAGUAGAGUUUCGAGUCUAGAAUAUUCAGUUCCUCGUGUCACUGGAUAUACACCGAUGAGUCCUGUUGCUGAUUUACCUGUACCAGAAAUGAGUGGUGUAUCGACUAUAGAUGCAUCCAUACCAUAUCGUAGUGGAUUCUCGCCGAUGGGUCCAUGUCCACGUCCAGCUGCAUUCAUGAGUGAUGUUUCUGAUGUAACUGGACCAGACAUGAGUGGUAUUUCGAGUUUAGAUGCAUCCAUUCCUUACCGUAAUGCAUUUACUCCGAUUGGUCCUUACCCACGUCCACGAGACUAUGCGAGUCCAGCGGAAGUGAGGGAUGUAUUGCCUCCAGAUUUGAGUGGAUAUUCGAGUAUUGGUGAACCAUCUGUUCCUAGUUUUGGUGCAUAUACACCAGGAGUGUGUCCUGCUGGGUCGCCUGGAAGACCACCAGUGUCUCGUUUUGAUGCUCGUCUACAGGAAUUGGAAGCGGCUUUGUUUGAAGAGGCACCUCGUCGGCCGUCACCUGUAGUGCCUCCUGCUGCCCAGCCAAUGUCUGCUUAUGAUGCUCGUUUACAACAAAUAAGAAUGGCUGCGUUGGAGACGACACCUCGUCGGCCGUCACCGCCUCCAAGGCGUUUGACGUCAGAGGAAUUGGAAGCUGCUUUGGCAGACGUUUCAGUUCCUCGUGUUAGUGGUUAUACUCCGACUGGUCCGUGUCCAAGAUUGGCUGGCCGUAGGUCACCAGUAAUUCCAAGAAUGGACCCGACUGUAAUGGACGUUUCGGCUCCUGAUGUAAGUGAAGUUUCAAGUCGUGCACCAUCCAUUCCUUAUCGUACUGCAUUUUCACCGAUGGGACCAGCGCCACGUCCAAGAAAUUAUAUGAGUGGUGUUCGUGAUUUAUCUGCACCAGAAAUUAGUGUUGAAUCAACUCUAGAUGCAUCCAUUCCUUAUCGUAGUGGAUUUUCACCGAUGGGUCCAUGUCCACGUCCACGAAAUUAUAUGAGUGAUGUAUCUGAUUUAACGGGACCAGACGUGAGUGGCAUUUCGAGUUUAGAUGCAUCCAUUCCUUAUCGUAAUGCAUUUACACCGAUUGGUCCUUACCCACGUCCACGAGACUAUGCGAGUCCAGCGGAAGUGAUGGAUGUAUCGUCUCCAGAUUUGAGUGGAUAUUCGAGUAUUGGUGAACCAUCUGUUCCUAGUUUUGGUGGAUAUACACCACCUGGAGUGUGUCCUGCUAGGUCGCCUAGAAGACCACCAGUGUAUCGUGUUGAUGCUCGCCUACAGGAAUUGGAAGCGGAUGCUCGUUUACAACAAAUAAGAAUGGCUGCGUUGGAGACGACACCUCGUCGGCCGUCACCGCGUGGCAGACGUAUGGCUCCAAGACAGUUGCAAGCGCCUGGACCGUGUCCACGAGCACCUAGAGCUAUGAGGAGUCCAAGAAUGGAAAGUACGAGAAUUGAUAUGGCUGAUGAGACAGAACCUUCGGUUCCUAGAAUCACUGGAUAUACACCAAUGGGACCAUGUCCACGUCCACCAGCUUUCAUGCGGGGUGUUUCUGAUGUAUCUGGACCUGACGUGAGUGCAAUUUCGAGUUUAGAUGCAUCCAUACCUUAUCGUAAUGCAUUUACACCGAUUGGACCUUAUCCACGUCCACGAAAUUAUAUGAGUCCUGUUGCUGAUUUACCUGUACCCGAAAUGAGUGGUGUAUCGACUAUAGAUGCAUCCAUACCAUAUCGUAGUGGAUUCUCACCGAUGGGUCCAUGUCCACGUCCAGCUGCUUUCAUGAGUGAUGUUGAUGAUUUAUCUGCACCAGAUAUUAGUGGUAUUUCGAGUUUAGAUGCAUCCAUUCCAUAUCGUGAAGAUUUUACCCCGGCCAGUCCAGCGGAAGUGAUGGAUAUAUCUUCUCCAGAACUGAGUGAUUAUUCGAGUAUUGGACAACCGUCUAUUCCUAGUUUUGGUGGAUAUACACCGAUGGCUCCUUGCCCAAUUGCACAAGGCUAUGAAAUGGAAGAUUUGAGCUUUGGACAACCAUCCAUUCCUAUGAUCAGCGGAUUUACACCGGGUCAUUAUAUGGAUGCUUCUGUUCCAUUAAGGGUUCCCAAGACCCCGCCCUUCGGAAGGUUCCCGACACAGCCACCAUCCGUACCAGUGGCAACACCACAGAGACCUCCAAUUCAGAGAUUGCGUUCGAGACGACUAUCUUAUGGUGCUGCAGCACCUCAAGAAACAUCUGGUUUACUUGAUGUAACUCCACCGAGAGGUAUUGGAAGCCCUGGAUCACCUGUGAUAUCACCAUGUCCACUUCCAUCACCAUUUUUGGGUGAUGUUACUCCACCAAGAGGUUCUCCUGUAACUGGAUCACCAGGUCUUGCUGCUAUGACACCUUGUCCUAGGGCUUCGAGGUCACCGGGUCUAUUAGGAGUGUCUCCUCCUCGUGGUGUGCAAAGUCCUGGAUCACCGGUAAUGGGACGAUGCCCGAUACCACCACCACGUGAUUUAGCUGACAUUACACCUCCAAGUAGAGAUUUAAGUCUGGGCUCGGGAAUAGCCGAUGUAUCGUCGCCGGAAUUUGCUGAAGGAUCACCUUUAACUCCAGCAGGAGGAGCACAGGCUGUCGUACCGGCGAGUCCUCAGGAAAAGUUUUUGAUGGAGAAUGCAGAUCCGCAAACUAUAAGUUUUUGCAAGAGUCCUGAUGGGAAAAAACGAUUGACACAAAUUGUAGAUGACACCGGAAUUUUAACAUAUGGCCGCGAGGUUGUGCCUCAAAGAGAAAUAAUUCGUGACACAGUGACGUUUUCGGUGAAAACAGGACCGGACACUCAGCAAAUAAAAAGUUUUUCUAAUGAAAUCAAGUCGCCAUCUAGGGACCAGUGUCCGUUGGCUGGAAGGAGGAAUGUAGAGACAAAAGCUCCUUGGAAAUUCGAUGAUCCCAGCAUGCAGGAAGAAACGCAAACCCAAACGACGGAAGCGUGUCCUGCUGGGUCGUCUGGAAGACCACCAGUGUCUCGUUUUGAUGCUCGCCUAAAGGAAUUGGAAGCGGCUUUGUUUGAAGAUGCACCUCGCCGGCCGUCACCUGAGGCUCGUUUUCAACAAAUAAGGAUGGCUGCGUUGGGGACACCUGGUCAGAAGUCACCGGCUGUCACACCUUUUGUAGAAAAAUGUCCGAGAUCUCCAGCGUCCAGAGGUGGCAGUGAUUAUCCCAGAAACGGAUGCCCGAUUCCUCCAUCGAGGGGCGGCAGCGAUUAUCCCAGUAGUUCUAGGAAAGAACAACCGUGCAGGAAAGCUGUAUUCCAGAGGCCACAAAUUUAUUCCAGUACUAUCAUUGAAGGGUGGCCUGUAGGAUCUGACUUGGGCAUGUCUUGGAUAGAUCAAGCUCCUGAGAAUAUGUUUUGUGGGCAGCAAAAGAAAAUGACGAAACCUGAUAAACCGAGCUGCAAUUCGAUAAAUUCUACCAGACUAUCUGAUACCACGAGAAGGUGUCGCCUGAUGCCAUCAAAGAGUGAAUUAGAUGAAACCAUCAAAAAAAUUUAUAAAGAAGUUGAGGAGCAGGAAUUGGAAACUCCAGAGAAUAUCGCCGCCAGACUUUUCAUGCAAGCUUCAGGAAUCGAGUUAUCAGAUAAAUCGAGCAAAGUUAUUCCCAUAAUAAUGCCUGAUGAAAUUGAAUUUGCUGAUACUCUGUCUUUAGUGAAUGUUGCUCCUGGACCUUUUCAGGAUGCACUUGUUCCCAGGAAUAUUGCCAAACCUCAUUUAGACCUUUAUGAAGCCCACGAACUGGAAUUGGCAUCAAUUGCUGCCAAUACGAUGCCAGUUUUGCCGCAGGACGAUAUUAUCUCGACUAUAUAUCCAGACAGGUAA